AUGGCGAUAGCAAACGAGUCUGACCAUGUCUACGACGUGAUGGCGGAAGCUCUGAACCACUUGAGCCGGGUGGUGGAACAUCUUCGGGAUGAGGGCGAAAACGAGGCAGCGAAUGACAUUGCACGGGAUGUCCAUUCCAUGCUUGACACGUUCAACACCACUACAGGCCCUUGGGACAUGAAAAAGGUCCAGAUGAAGCCUCUACCUGCCCCAGCACGUCAACCGAUCAUACGUUCUCGAGCCACCUCAUUGUCCGACGCGAAAUCGAAUGCCUCCACCUGGGCAGCUGUAGCUGCCACAGACAUACCGGGAAACAACAGACUGAUCAAGUUCCGGCCUUCCGACGCUCUAAAGCGCCAAAUAACCAAUGAAGAGCCACCGGUCCAGCCCAAGGAUGGAGACUAUCGUUGCGUUUGGAUCUAUGGGUGGACAAAGGAUAAGCCCCUGAGCAGGGUCAGUGAACGAAUCACUACAGGAGCCAUCUUUUCCAUGGCCUUCGUUGAGGAAUACGGCGCCGUUUGUGUCAUCUUCCAGUUUGCCCACGCCGCUGUGCUCUUCUUCGAAGAAAAUGCACGCAUCGUUCGGGAUUCUGGUGCGAGUGUGUUUGGGCCUGGUGUGUCGGUCAAAUAUGGAGAGCCCUACCCAGAGACUGCCGACAUUCGGCGUAUGGCAGCACCCGCCAAUGAGCGACGUCGCCUCACGUUUGCCCGUUCGCAGCUUUUCACCAAUGGCAUGAAUGAGGAACGGUUCAAGAAUGACCUGAUCGAAAUGGUCGGACGACAGAAUGUGGAGUUGGUGUGGCUGUUCAACACAGGAAAUGCAACCGCCGUCUUCUCUUCCACAGUCAUCGCUCGCAUCGUUCGGGAGGAGUUUUUGCGCCGCUCAAAAGCAAAGGGACCAUAUCACGAUGUGGGAGUGGGAUUCUCGCAUGAUCCUUGCGAACGCCCUAUGAAUCUGAUCACUCAAAUCCCAUGUCCUGGAACCUCGCCGCGUGAUCGGAGCAAUAGCAGCAAGUCUGGCUCGAGCGGAAAGUCGACUGCUGCCAAGGUUGUCCCCGGUGCUGUCAACCGUGGUAGGAAGGGAACCGAUCCUGAUGGCUGGCAAACCGUCCACCGAAAGCGCUAG